AUAGCCUUAACAUUAAGCACCAUUAUACAAAGACAAAAAUCUGUUCCUUCAGAUACCCGCCAUUCGUUGAUCAAUAAAAGGUCCCCGCCAUUUAUUAACCAACUUCUACCGGAUCAAACCAACUCUCUCCCUCUCUCUCUCUCUCUCUCUCUCUCGUGCACGACUUUGCUCAGUUUGAUGAGAAGAAGCAUACGACAAUGGCGGAGCUAGGGUUCGAGGAUCAGAUUUACCAGCAGAGACCGGACUUCGUCAUAACUCGGGACGCAAGUCCUGAUUCCGUGAUCUUCACCAGCCUCUUCUCGUCCGCUUCUGCAAGCGUCGAUCGCUGCUCCUUCGCUUCCGAUACUCUCGACCACGACUCUCCGCUCUCCCAGGAGCAUUUGGCAGGACAUGAUCGACGUGAGACUUCGAGUGGUGCUGAUUCAGAUCCAAGCAAGUCCACAGUUCACAGGAACAGUCGUAGCAGCAGAAAAGUUCAAAAAGCUAAAGUUCAUAAAGAAGACAGCGAUGCAGAUACGGGGCGAACAAAUGAAAUCCUAGCUUCUGGCAGAAACUCCUUCUCUCAAGCACUCAAAGAAUGUCAAGACAGGAGAUCCGGAACUGGAGUUCUACCGGAAAAGCCAGACAGGCAGGGGCCUAAUUUGCAAGGUCUGAACAAUCAUAUAACCGAUGCCACAAACUCUUCUUCCCCACCGUUUGGAGCCAUGAAGAAUAUCUCUGUUUUGACUCGGCGAACUGGGAUGUGUCCGAGCCCUGGAAUGCCUAAUUAUCGGCACAGUAGUGUUGCGAUGCAGAAAGGCUGGAGCUCGGAACGUGUUCCACAUAACGGUGCCAAUCGGAGGCAUUUUGGUGCUGCAUUGUUGCCUUUAAAUAAUGGAAGGAUGUUGCCUUCAAAAUGGGAAGAUGCGGAGAGGUGGAUUUGCAGUCCAGUUACUGGUGAUGGUGUCACGAGGCCCUCGUUUCAGAUGCCACAGAGGCGGCCCAAGUCCAAGAGUGGGCCUCUUGGGCAACCUGGGAUUCCAUAUUACUUGGUACAGUCACCAGCGGUGCCCACGUUUCAUGGUGCCAGCGUAGGGAACUUAAUGGAUGGGUCUCCAUUUUCAGCUGGGGUAAUAGCACCAGAUGGUUUCUCAGUUCGUUCAAGUGUAAGCAGCGGUGCAGGUGGAAGUUUUCCUAAUCGUAUAGAGCCUUGCAUGGCAAGGUCAGUGAGCUUACACGGGUACUUUGAACUGCCGAUCCAAUCAUUUUUGCCUGGCCCCCAAGAUGAGAAACUUGAUGGUGAUAAGGAUGCAGCCACCAAUGUUUCUCGUGCUGAUUCAAGAAGGGAUGUGGCUACCCAGAUGAGCCCAGAGAGUAGCCCUCACUCAUCUCCCAAAAGGAGGCUGUCCUUCUCACCCUCAACUCCAUCCAAGCUUGCCAUAGUGGAGCUGGAAAGUGUCGAGUCGUCCAAAUUGGAAGUGAAAGAUGUGCAGGUGGAUGACCAGUUCACUGUGACUGGGUUGUCCAAGAGACAUAAAGCUCGGCUUCCAGGGAAAAGCUCAGAAAAUGUCAGUGACUGGAAAAGGAAAGUUUUGGAGUUUGGAUGUUCUGCUUGGGAAGUUUCUGAGACAGCAAAAGGCAUUUCUAAAGUGAAGAGGGAGGAAGCCAAAAUCACUGCAUGGGAGAAGCUUCAGAAGGCAAAAGCUGAGGCAGCAAUAAGGAAACUAGAGAUGAAAAUUGAGAAGACAAGAUCGUCAUCCAUUGAUAAGAUUAUGAAAAAGCUGAGAUCAGCUCAAAAGAAGGCCCAAGCAAUGAGGAGUUCAGUGUCAACCAGUAAGCCCACUCAAGUUGCCAGGACAUCACAGAAGGUCAUAUCUCUCCACCGGACCUACCAGAUUAGUUCCUUGAGCGGCUGCUUCACCUGUCACGCUUUUUAGUUCGUCAUCCAGAUAUCUGUUGCUCCAUCUGAUUGACCUAACGACAGCGAGUCUUAAGAUCUUUUUCAAGGCAUGGAAAGAACGACCACUUGAAGCGUGCCCGGGGUGACAUUGUACAGAGCAAGGCUACUUUGUUUUUUUUUUUUGGUAUCAGCUCAGUUCUGUGGUUGAAUAAAGCACCGUUGUGACAUAUUUUGUGCAUCAAAUGUGUGUUCUAGGUUGUAGGAUUCUUGCCUUUGUGCAGAAUAUAUACUUUUCUUGUUAACCCUCUUUUCCGCGAUCAGAAUUUGAAGCUAGACAUACGGAUACAUCUUCUACCUCUUACUAUUAAUUACAUUUCAUUGCACCUAA